UUCAGGAAACUAGUCAGUUCAGUUCGUGGUCCUUCGUGCAGUUAUUAGAGGCUCGGCUCACUUCUUAGUCUAGAGGCGCGGGUGCUUGGACAAGUCGCGUUCCAUUCGUCGUCAAGUGCUCGUUUUGGCCUCAUAACUCUGAGAGAUCAAGAUAUGAAGAUUCUUGUGGCUAUAUUACUUAUGGGACUCUCUGUAGGACAGGGGUAUGGUGAAGCUACAGGAACUUGUUCGACUGAUAGGGUGCCCAGCGGAAACUGCCAGCUGAUACCGGAAUGCCAGCAUUUGGAGCUGGAUAAGAAGACACUGCCCAUUACAGACUUCGUCGAGUGGUACGGAAGCUGUGGCGAGGACGGAGAUGACGAUUUGAGGGUAUGCUGUCCCACUGACAUCGUCUUUCCAGUAGAUCCCACCUGCCCCAUACCGUCCCGAAGAAUACCGGGCCUAGGAUGCGUCACGCCCGUGAACGAACGACUCACUUGGACAGAGGCCAGAGACAAUUGUCGAAGGACCAAUACCCGUCUCCUCCAAGGAAUCACGACAGAGUCUCAGCUAAGGCAGCUCAGGUAUAACUUCGACGGCGUCCUGGACUUCCCCUUGGAGUUUCACGACGUUUGGAUAGGCCUAUACGAGAGCAAGUGGGCCGAGCCGGGCGCUCCAUCUCAGGUACCGUCACACUUCUGGUACCCCGGGAUGCCCAAAGGCGGCCAGUACAAGUGCGGGUACGUCGCCUUGCAGAUGGAAAUACCAUCACUCUGGGAGACCCCGUGCCAUGCUGCCGCCCUACCGUCUCUGUGUCAGGCCGUGCAAGGAAUUGACGUGGAUAUCAGGACCGGUUAUGGGUCAUCAUCCUCCUGCGAUCCUCCGUCAAAGACCGUUGAAGGAUUGGGCUGCAUCAUGCCAGUGGCAGACCAUCUGAUCUGGACAGAGGCGAGGGACAACUGCCUUGCCCUCGAAGGGCGUCUCCUGUCGGGGCUGACGACGCAGGAACAACUUCGUCAGAUCAAGACGCACUUCGAAGGAGCUUUCGGUUCGUCGCGUGAAUACAAUGACGUCUGGUUAGGACUGUACCGAGGUGAGUGGCUUGGGGAGGAGGGGAAGAAGCCCCCUGGCAACCUCUGGUACCCUGGGCAGCCCAAGGGGGGUAAUUUCGAAUGCGGGUACGUCGCCUUGCAGAUGGAGACUCCCACUUUGUGGGGACACCGUUGUUCAGAGGCCAGUUUGCCUUCCCUGUGUCAGGUGUUCUGGUAAUUAAGCAAUAUAUAUAUAUAUAUAUAUAUAUAUAUAUAUAUAUAUAUAUAUAUAUAUAUAUAUAUAAAGGUAUAGGUAUCUGCAUCAAUCAUAGAUAGUAAAAUAUCAUUGUAAUUAUGGUUCCUAAAUAAUAAAAUGUAGAUCUGAAUAA